AUGAGUUUGGCAACAUUGCGGUGUGUCGUAGUGAUUUUGUCGAAAGCUACAGUAUCAAGCUUCAACAAAAUCACAGUGCCACCAAGGAGAAAAGAAAAGAAGUGUGUAUUUGGGAGGCUAAAGAACAAGAGAUUUCCUUCGAUUGAAGCACCACCACCAUUAAAAGAAACAAGAUUAUGUGAACCUGAGGCUUUAACAGUUGCUAUUGCCUCAGCUGCAGCAGCUGAAGCUGCUUUUACUGCUGCUCAGGUUGCAGUUGAAGUUGUUAGGUUCCAAUCGGCUUAUCAAUGUAAAGGAAAACCAGAAGUUAAGCUUGUUAAAACUAAGCAUAAUGCUUCUCAAUCAACACAUAGCUGCAAGUUAAAGAUUGAAGAAUCUUCAGCUAUCAAAAUUCAAACAACAUUUAGAGGCUACAUAGCAAGGAAAGCUUUGAAGGCAUUGAAGGGAAUAGUGAAGCUUCAAGCUAUCAUUCGUGGCAGAGCUGUAAGACGGCAAGCUAUGAGUACUCUUAAGUGUUUGCAGUCCAUUGUGAGUAUUCAGUCACAGGUCAUUUCAAGGAAACUCCAAAUUGUUGAAAGAAAGUUGAAUUGUGGCGAGCAUGAAAAGAUGCAAGGUUCAAGAGACAAGAUCAUAAGGAUGGACGAAAACAGUGAGCGAAAGUGGGAUGACAGCAUUUUAAUGAAGACAGAGGUAGAUUCUUCUAGCAUAAGCAAGAAAGAAGCUAUUAUUAGGAAAGAAAGAGUAAAAGAAUACUCAUAUAACCAUAGGAAAUCAGCUGAAUCAGAAAGAAAAAUUGGAAGAUGGAAGUACUGGAUGGAGCAGUGGGUAGACACACAGCAUUCUAAGAGUAAAGAACUUGAAGAUUUAGACUCAGUUUUCGGUUCACGCUGUAGAGAAGUGGAGGAUUGUGGAAGAAGACAGCUAAAAUUUAGACAAAUUCAGAGACAAAAUGAAGUUGAAAGAUUCGACUCUCCAUUACUAUCUUCAAGAAAAUAUUUACACCAUAGGAGCAAAAAUUUAGAGGGAGAAGACCAUUCCUUUCAAAGAUCUCACACAAUUCCAACAUACAUGGUUGCAACAAAAUCAACACAAGCAAAAGUAAGAUCAACAAGCACACCAAAAACAAGAAUAGGAAGGAAUUGGGACAUGAGCUCUGAUUGCUAUUCACCAAGCAAAAGAAUGAUCAAUAAUAAUCAACAACAAGGAUCUCCUAGCCAUAUAUGUACUCGAUCUUGCAUCCAGUAUUACAAAAAGGAAGUACAUCCAAUAGUUGUGAGAAAGUAAAACUCCUAAGAAUGUCCAUAUAUUGUUUUAAAUUUCAAGAAAUAUUUCUUGGCUUACGUAAAAAUUAAACUUCAUGUUUCAAGCAUUCAUAGAAUCAAUAUAUCAUAGAUGUUCAUAC